UCAGAUCCACAAAGAAGGGGAAUAUUGCCUGUUGAUGUCGAAAAGCAAUUGCUGGUAACAUUGUGGUUUCUGGCCACGCAAGAGCCCUUUCGAAGCAUUGGGGACCGAUUUGGAAUAUGUAAUGCCACUGCCUACAGAAUUGUGAAGAGAGUCAUAGCAGCCAUCAACAGAAACUGGACUCCCAAGAUCAUCAGGUGGCCUAAAGAUUCAGCAUCUGCUAGAUAUGUGAUUGAUGGAUUUCACGGUCGUCGUGGAUUCCAAGGGGUACUUGGGGCCAUUGAUGGAUCGCAUAUAGCGAUCAAGGCUCCAAGAAGUAAUCAAGAUGCAUACAUCAAUAGAAAAUGCUUCCAUUCGAUAGUUCUACAGGCUGUUUGUGAUCAUAGAAUGUUUUUUAGAGACUGUUUUGCAGGCUAUCCGGGGAGCACACACGAUGCUCGGCUACCUAUUGGGAGACUCGGCAUAUCCUUUGUCAUCUUGGCUAAUGACUCCUUAUAAAGAUAAUGGACAUCUGUCUGAAAAACAAAGAAACUAUAACUUUCUUCAUUCUUCAACGAGAAUGGCUAUAGAAAGAGCGUUUGCUCUGUUGAAAGGCCGCUUUCGAAGACUGAAAUAUGUGGAUAUUGACAGACUGGAAGACGUGCCAGAUAUCAUUUUGGCAGCCUGUACUUUACAUAAUAUUUGCAUCAUGUCUGAGAAUGAUAUCGAACACUUCGUGGACAGUGAUGAUGAUAACCAAGAAGCUGAUGGCAUUGAUGGGCUUGAUGAGGAUGGUGUUGAGGAAAAUAAUUCUAUAGGUAAUGCUGAUGGCUCAAGAAUAAAUAUUGGGAAACGUAAACGUGACCUAAUUGCAGAACAAUUAUGGGAACACUGUAGAGUUUUAACAUAA